UGAGUUUGGGAUGCGAUCCUCACCAGAGGGGAGUGGGUUGGGAGCUCUGAUUGAGGUCCCUGCCGAGGAGGAAUGGGUUGGGAGCUCUGUGUUGAGGUCCCUGUCGAGGGGCAAUGGGUUGGGAGUACGGGGUUGAGGUCCCUGCCAAGGAGGAAUGGGUUAGGACCACUGUGUUGAGGUCCCUGCCAAGGAGGAAUGGAUUGGGAGCGCUGUGUUGAGGUCGCUGCCAAGGAGAAAUGGAAUGGGAGCACUGGGUUGAGGUCACUGCCAAGGAGGGAAUGGGUUGGGGGCACUGGUUGAGGUCCCUGCCAAGGAGGAAUGGGUUGGGGGUGCUGGGCUGGGCAGGGGCUGUGUUCCCCGUCGAGGACGCAGGGUCCCAUGGGGGUGUCCCUCAGAGGAGACGCAGAUGCCUGGCAUUCCCCACCCUCGGGAGGGCAGGAGGGGCUUUUCCCUGCCUGGAUAUUCGAGGUGACCCCACCGAGGGAGCUGCUUCCCCCGUGGGGGGACUGGCAUAGAGGGGCCUGUUUGUGGUCUUAGGGCUGGGUUUGAACUUUUAAAUGCUUAGAGCUGGUGUUUAACUGUUUAAAAGGCUCUUUCACCCCAGCACAGGCUGUUUAAACCGUAUUUGUCAUGGUAGAUUCCCAGUGCAGCAUUUUCUGAGGGCAAACGGUUCAGUGAAAGGACUGGCUUGGGUGUUUCUUUCUAGCUUGACCUAUGAAGAAAUAUGAACAUUAAUCUUUUUGUGCCAGGCAUAUGGUAGAAAUUUUGCCGAUUAUAGAGCUAUAUUGUAUAGCUCUUUUAAUGCUAUACUCUUCUUGUGGAGCCUUUCUUUCAAGGGGACCUCUUUUCUGUAACUUUUUCCAUUGUUUUUGAAAGGGAAGAAAAGGGUGUUUCUGUCUCCAGUGAAGCUGGACAAAAAUUUGAGUUCUUUAUAUUGAUUGCACACGUUUCUUUUUUGUAUCACAUAAGAUAAAAUACAUCAGUGAAAUAUUGCUCUUAUCUUGCUUUAGGGUGGGUAUUGAAGUGUGAAAUAGUUUGGGUUGGGAGGGACCUUAAAGAUCAUAUAGUUCCAAUCCCCCUCCCAGUGGAUCAGGUUUCUCAAAGCCUCAUCCAGACUGGUCUUGAAAGCCUCCAGGGAUGGGGCAUUUCCAUUCAUUUCCAUUUUGGUAAAAUGACACCAAAGCCUGGUUCUGGGCACUGACAUACGCGAGUGACACGUUUUGGCUGCCUGAGCUUCCCUGGGAGUUACAGGGACAUACAUGAUUUAAUUCAUAUGUGCCAUCAUCUAGGAUCUGGCUGUUUGUGGCAAGGCAGGGGUCAGAACUAGUUGAACAUCAGAGAAAAGGUUUGGGUCCCUUCCUAGCCUAAGCAGAACUCUUUUCAUGGCUCCAUUUUUUUAUCUUCUGAAAAUAAACUCACAUGUGGUUGUUAAAACCAGUGUGGAUCCUCAGGAGGAGGCAGCGGAAGCAAUGCUGAUGCAGGCUGGCUAUGGGCAUUUUGGCAACAGAACUGGUUUUGCUCUCUUGUUUGAGUGAUGUGGUGUUAUAUAAAUGCUGAUAUUUUUGCCAGUGUUUUCUCACAGGUGUGAGCAGGAAGGAGAAAAGCUAAUAUUGGAUAUAUUUUCUUUCAUUGACUUUAGCAGGGCUUUGAAAUGUCACCUGUUUUACAGUUAUUCUGUAAUAUGCUGAGGUAUUCUAACUGGAGUUAACAAGAAACAAAGCCCUUGCUUUGUUUUUAAAGUCAGUUUUAGUGAAAAUAAACUUAGAGCUGCACCAUCUUUCUCUUGUUAGGUAGCUUUCUGUUAUGCAGGGGGAAGACUAGCAGGCUGGGUUAAGUAUCUUCUUUGACAUCAGUGUGAUGUCAUACAGAGUUGUUAGUUUAGGUGGAGGAUUUCUGAAAUUAAGAGAAAUCUGGUGGCUUUACAGUCUAACAGGUAGGACAGAUCACCAUAAAACUGUAAUAAGGGCAUGCUGUAACUAUUUCUCUUUAUUUUUCUGCUUUUAGAUCCUCUCUUUUCUUAAGUUAAGUGAUGGAAAUGUAUACUGAAGAAAAAAAAAUCACCCUUUAGUCUUUGCCAUUCAAAUUUGUGUGAAAGAGUCUAGGAUGUUCCAAGAAAAUGCGUCAGCCAAUUGCUUUAGUGUAGUAACAACAUCUGCUGAAGAUGGUGCUUUCCAAAAAAAAGGCCAUAGUGCAAGAAUCCUUAGUCCAGAAGAGGCUGAGAAACUGGAAAAAGAUCAGGUUUUGGUGUCUGACUUCAAACAACAAAGACUGGAGAAAGAAGCACAGAAGAACUGGGAUCUGUUUUACAAAAGAAACAGCACCAACUUCUUCAAAGACAGACAUUGGACAACCAGAGAGUUUCAAGAGUUAAAAGCAUGUCGGGAGUUUGCAGAUCAGAAGCUGACCAUUCUGGAAGCAGGCUGUGGGGUUGGGAACUGCUUGUUUCCACUCUUAGAAGAAGAUCUGAACAUUUUUGUGUAUGCCUGUGAUUUCUCUCCUAGAGCUGUUGAGUAUGUGAAGAAAAAUGCCUUAUACAGUGCUGAAAGAUGUAAAGUGUUCCAGUGUGAUCUUACCAAAGAUGAUCUUCUAGAAAAUAUGCUAGCAGAUUCUGUGGAUGUUGUCACACUUAUAUUUGUGCUUUCUGCCAUUCAUCCUGACAAAAUGCAUCUUGUCUUGAAGAACAUUUACAAGGUAUUAAAACCAGGCAAGUGUGUCUUGUUCAGAGACUAUGGACUGUAUGAUCAUGCAAUGCUCAGGUUUAAAUCUGGCAGCAAACUUGGAGAAAAUUUUUAUGUUAGACAAGACGGGACAAGAUCGUAUUUUUUUACUAAAGAGUUCUUGUCUCAGCUUUUUGAGGCUGAAGGAUAUGAGCAAGUGGUCAAUGAAUAUGUGCAGCGAGAAACGGUGAACAGGAAAGAAGACUUGCGUGUUCCAAGAGUUUUUCUUCAAAGCAAAUUUCAAAAGCCUUUCAGUAAGACAUAAGUUCUUGCUGGUUUAGCAGCAGCGUUGCUUGUUUGGAAUGGAAGCUAGCAUGUGUUUUUUCCUUGUGUGUGGUUAUUUUUCUGGAAAACCAGAAAUGACCGCAUCCAGUACCUCUUGUUGGUUUUCACCCUCGGAUGUGAAAUAUGAAUUCUAUUUCUAAUUCAAAUUUAAGAUGGUUUAGUGAUGCAGGCAACCUGUUGAGUGUCUGUAUUCCUGCUUCUGAAGUAAAUGCUGUGCAGCAUUGUUGGAGGAUCAGGUGAAGCACACAAAACAUAGUUAAUUUUAAGCACUAGUUUUCAUUGGUUUUCAUCAUAAUUAUUUCCAUUUUUAUUAAAUUUUUUUUUAAAAAAAUAAGUAUCCUGUGUUUCCUAUCACGUAUGCUUUUUGUGACGUGUUAAAAUUACAGUAUUUCAUCUACUUCCAGUACUUGUAGGAUUUCUGAGUAUAAUUUCUCAGACACAGGGAUGAAAAGGACUUGGUGAGUGGCAUAAUGUAAGCUGCUAUGGUAUUUUAGUAAUGGUGUCUUUUUAAUGUGCUCAGUAUUUGGAUAUGUAAACAAAUAUUUAUAUUCUAAAUAAGAUCUUGAUUUAUCUGAUUUCGUGCUUGAAGGAAGUUGUUAGAGGAUCAGGUUGUCUUUAUCCUUAAUUAAUUUCAGAUAGUCUUCAUUUGGUGAGCAGAAAUAGUUGAGGUUUUGCAAGUCAGUUUCCUGUUUGGAAGCAAAACCAGUGAGUCAGAAGUACUUUCUUUUAUAUCAAGUGUAGCCAACUGCUUCUUUCCCGAACUGAGCAGAGGUCUUAAUUCUUUUCUAUCACUCUCGGGAAAGGUGUUGGUCUUUGCUGUUCCUACACCAGAAGCCACUGUAUUACUACUAUGGCUCAUAGCCAGCCACAGACUUGGUGGCCUUAAAAAACUUCAUUCUUUUCCUUCAACAGCCCUGACACUUUGCACUGCAGGACCUCUUCUUUGUUCUUGGAUGAUAUAAUCUCAAAAUAUGUUUGAAUCUUUUAACCUACCUUUUGAACAGCUGCUCUGCAUCACAGGAAGCUCAGAAGUAUCUGGUGACUUGUGCAAUGGGCUCUGCUGAUCUUGUGUAAUAUAGGCAAGUUGCAACAAGGGAUAUUCCAAUUAAAUACUCACAUUUUUUUUUUACUUCUUAUGUAUAAGGGGAGGUCAGACACUGGCACAGGGUCCAGAGAAGUUGUGGAACCUCUGCCCUUGGAAAUACUCGGAAAUGGAUUGGCCAACGCCUUGAGCAACCUAUGACUUUAUUUGAGGGUGGCCCUGUUCUGAGUAGGAAUUUCAUCUCUUGCGGUAUAUAUUAGUUGGUGAUUGAUUGAUUUGAUUCAGGUUGCCAUUCCACUGGGCUUGUGUAUUGCUAGAUGACCCGAUCAUACACACCUGAUGCGGACCAGAGGUGAGUAUUUGCCUCUGUUUAUGGCAAACUAGUCAUAAGAUAUGAUAAUGAUUUUUUUUCCCCACAGCUCUCUUAACACUGGCUGUGGAUGCAUGAAGGGAAAGAAGUAAUAGCUUUUCCAGCAUAAAGCCUAAUGUUACGAAGUUAACCAGUCAGAAUUUUUCAAGCAAAUUUGAGCUGCCAGAGGCCUUAUUCAGUUGAUAGGUUUAUAAAUCAAUUUGCAGCAGGUCAUUGCUUUGUGUCAGGGGACCACAGCUUUUCUUUUCGUCUGAUACCAUGAGCCACAAAGCUGUAUUUAUUGUGUCAUCAAACUUUGGCCUCGGAGGAAAAAGAGAUUAACCACACAAUUCUCAUAAUGACUCUUUGAGGAGUGUUAUUACAUGACAUCUCCUUCCUUUAUGGAGAGUAUCAUCCUGGGGAUUUAUACAUUGCUGACCCUUGCUGUGUAACCCAUUAACACUUUCUGCCACACCAGUAAUAAAUAUCUAGUAACACUUACAGUAAAUGAAAAAAUAUGUUCUUUAUGGGUAUAACGAUGAGAACGUUAUUAUAAUCUGAGCAAUCACCAUCUUGUGGCUUCCCUCAGCAAAUGUUCCUCUUUAGCAUAGCCAUUCCACUACUGAGCUCUGAUGAUUUUUCGUGCUGUUUGAACUCUGUCACAGCAAGUGCCUUACAAGACUGAAUGUUUGGUUCUUUCAGAGUGUAUAGUGCAUAAAUGAGACUGAAGGAUUGCCUUAUGUGGCUCUAUGUCAGUUUGGCAUAUGAUCGUCAACACAUGCAAAGGCAAAUGCACUGAAGUGAGCAUACCAAAAAGGGAAACGAAAUAUAGACGUGUAUUAAAAAUUGGAAGGUUUCAGUCAACCCAAUAGACUUGGCUGCAGGCAGUCAUUAACUUCCAUUUUACACUGAAUUAACUAUUGUCUGAAAAAUAAUCAGAAUAUCCUGACUUGGAAAGGACCCACAAGGAUCAUUGAAUGCAACUCCUACACCUGCAUAGGACAACCACAAAAUUCACACCAUGUGACUGAGGACAUUGUCCAAAUGUUUCUUGAAUAUUGCCAGGCUUGGCUCCAUGUCUGCUUCCCUGGGGAGCCUGUUCCAAUGCUCCACCACCCUCUGGGUGAAGAUCCUUUCCUAAUAUCCAACCUAAACCUUCCC